UGCACAUAUAUACCUACGCACGGUUCCAUUUCGGUUGAUGAGCUGAGAGCCUGAGACUCGACCGAAUCUAGGCGCCUAGAUCGAAGUGAUCGAGCAUCACUUGGCCGCGCGCUCGCAAUGGACAGCAGCAGCUGGAUCCAUGGAUACUACGGCCCCAGCAGCGGCGCCGGCGGCGGUAACAGCGGCUUCAUGUGCGGUUACGCCGCCAGCUGCGUCGUCCCCGAAGAGCUGCAGAGCAGGAAGGAGGAAGAGGAGCGCACGCAGAUUCAGCACCACCUCAACCAGAUCAGCAUGCAGAUGAACAUGGAGGACGAGCCAGCUGCGUACAUCGUCCCUGCCGGCGACGGGGUCGCCGUGGGCAUGCAGCAGUCUGUCCUAGACGAAUUCGAUUUCCUCUCCUCGCACCACGCCGGUGGCUGCAGCUUCCCCUCCUCGUCCUCCACCUCCUCGUCGUUCCGUUCCGCCUCGCUCUCUUGCAGCCCGGAGAUAUCCUCCGCGCACGCCCUCGCGACGCCCGCCGCCGGCCUGCAGUUCCCCGAGGUCUCCUCGCAUGUACCGCCGCUGGUGCUCCCAUGUGACGAUGACUACCACCAGUACAUCCUGAACUUCCAAGACACGGCCGCGAUGGAGCCUGGCGUGGUGCCGGCAAGCGCGUUCAGCCGCUACGCGCGGCACCUCGGCGCGAGGCGGAGGCCAAAGCCGGCAUGCGGGCAGAAGAUGUUCAAGAAAUCCAUGUCCGUCCUGGUCAAGAUGCAGGCGGCGAUGAGGUACAGCCACCAGCAGCACCACUUCCAGCAAGCGUCGCCGGAGGCCGAGCUGUCGUCGGUGAACCAGCUGCAGCACAUGAUCUCCGAGCGCAAGCGCCGGGAGAAGCUCAACGACAGCUUCCAGGCUCUCAAGACCGUCCUUCCUCCCGGUUCCAAGAAAGACAAGACGUCGAUACUGAUCACCGCGAGGGAGUACGUGAACUCCCUCAAGUCCAAGGUCUGCGACCUCGAGGAGAAGAACAAGGCGCUCCAGGCGCAGCUGGCCCAGUGUGCCCGCGACGCCGGGGUCGAAGAAGACGACGCCGAGAAGGUCGAAAUCCAAAUAACCAGAGUGGCGGCGGAUCGGGAAGAUGGGACGACUACGAGUGAGGUUUGCACGGUGAAGAUAGCGGCGAGGCCGGCGCAUGGCAACACGAUGGACGUGGUGCUCAGGACGCUGCAGUGCCUCAAUGAUCAGAUGGGGGAAGACGACGUAAGCCUGGUGGCCAUGAGCACCAGCGACGGCGACGCCGGCAACGGCCUCACUGGAGCAUUCCUGACGAUGCAGCUCAAAUCAGCGUCCGGCGCCAAGUGGGAGGAGGAGAUGGUCAGGGAAGCCGUGGCGAAGGCCGUCGCGGCCCGCACGGGCGCCGACCGCCGUGGCGACGCCGCCGGCCGGUCUCGGCACGCCGAAUAAUUAAGCUGCUGCUCCAUCCAACGGUCGGCUCGUCGUGCUCGUCAGGAGACCGCCGUUAGCUAGCCACCCACCGCCGACGGAUGCCUGCAGUGCCGUCAGAAAAGGGUAGACUAAUUUAGUUGCGUUACUGUCGCUGACUGGAAGCUUGAAACAACGGCCACGCAUGAUGCAUGGACAAUUCUACUGUUCGGGGUCAAGGUGACAAGGCAACCUGACAAGGUAACCGACGAAUAACGCAGGACUAAAUGAAAGAUCGCCGUCAUGUUGACCGUGCAAUCGGUCCAACCAUGGAAAAACAUAUGCACAGUAAUUAAUUAGUAGUUGACUUAUCAGCAUGAGCUUAUAUACAUGUACAGGCGCUUUGAUUUUGUUAGGGAGGACUGUUAUUACA